AUGCAGAGCUUGGAACAAGUUCUUUCACACAAUUCAGAAUUCUGUGUGGCUAGGAGACGAUGGGGAUAUGAUCACGACUUGUACCAGGGAUCGAGCCUGACUGAAGCACUCAAGCGCAGCCGUCCGAAGGUUUUCAGUGUGGAGAUGGCUAUCUUCGCAUCGCGUGUGACUAUAUACCAUAACACAGACGCAUCCACACGCUCGGCCAACGCUGAUGAGUACGCCGAGUACGCAGACAACGAUACUUUAGCAGAGACUCUAGUGGACAGUAAUUCAAUCGUCGAUAAGGAUUCGUUGUACAAGGAUGCAGAUGAUGUCAAGUAUUUCAACGAUAGCGAUAGCAAAUCCACACUCAGCACAUCCAACACACUUAACAAAGACAUUAUCGAAAUACCCGGCAAACAGGCGAUUUCAACUUCACAUCGCAGUAAAUACAUGCGAUCGAGAUACACCGUCGCGAUAGUGGGGCACCCAGGCGAGGAAAUCACACUUAACCGUGGGAGCCACUACUUCAGCAUCAAGAAGAAGUUCACGCUAAACGGCAAAGAGUAUCUCGUUGAGGGGAAGAAAUUUGAUGUCAUUAUAAGCAAUAUUGCAACUGGAGAGGUUUUGUGCAGAUACCAGUUUAAGACAUUUGCCAAACACAAGUCAGGCGUGUUGAUAAUGUCUAUGCCGGUGGAUAGUGUUCUGUACGAGCGCAUAGUGGUGUUUACAGUGAUGAUGGUUGAACUCAAAUUCCUUACCGAAGCUGCUCAUGCCACUUGGGAGGGUCUCUUUGUUGCCGGGGUGAACAACUCGAUGGCCAAAGCUACAUCGUCGAGAAUCAAAGAUGAGCGGGAGUAA